AUGCCAGUUCCCCCCUUUCCCGCUGCCGUGCCGAUCUACCCACCACCUAACAAUGCCCCCUUGUUCCAGAAUCAGAGAAUCGGGUCCGACAUUGGCCAAAGCACGCAAAAUGACAGCACCUCAGGUCCAGUUGCUGCCGAGGAGCGGCCAAAUGAUGGUAGUUCUCAGAAGCAGGGAGGUGAAGUUACUAACAACAUAGAGGGCUCUAACACCGUGCAAUCUACCUCUGCUCAAGAUCCUCCAGAAAAUCCGAAUAACGGUAACAAUGAUGAUAACUGGGGGAAUUUGGGUGGACAUAACACUAGCGGCAACACUGGCACGUGGGCAAAUGGAGGCGCAAACGACAACGGGAGCAACAAUAACAAUCAAGGUUGGGGCGACAGCGGAAACAAUACACAGGACGAUACCAACCACCAAGGUUGGAAUGACGAGAAUGGGAACACCGGAAAUGGUAGCUGGCAGAGUGAUACAAAUCAGGAUAACAGCGGAAGCCAACAAGGCAAUAGUGGUGGUGGCUGGGGAAACGAAAAUCCGAACUCUGGGGGUGAUGGGAAUAAUCAACCGAACAGCGAGAGCGGCAAUCAAAACAACAACUCGACGCCUAACAAUGUGCCUGUACUAGUUGGGAACCGAUCGAACAGUCGAGCUUUGUAUGGCCCCCAUGGGGCGUACUACACUUUGAAAUCCUGUGCGCAGAAUGCUCCUCCUGCAGACGCCGAGGAGGAGCCACGAUAUGACGUCCCUCAAGCUAUUGCACAAUCCAAGGGAGUUACGAAACAAGUUCAGCCAGGUAAAGGCUACCUCUACAACAAAAAAAGAUGCGUUCCUUACUACAUUGAUUCUCUGGACGAGCCUUAUGCCAGAUUUGUCUUCAAGUACCGGACGAAGGAGCAACUCAAGGACGAGAUCGGGGUCGAGAUCACAACCGAGCCUAGUCCAGACGAGGACGCCAAUGCUCUUGAAAACCUGGACAAGUCAGAGUUGAUUCAAAUGGUGCUCAGGGCCAAAGGUGCUUUGGGGGGGACAAUACCCAGUCCGCCGCCGAAAGUGACUCCGCCUUCCAUGAAGAGCUUUGAGCAGGUGCCCGUCAACGCUCCUGAUGUGGGAUUUCUCAGAUACAGCUUGCCGCGCAUGCGCAACGUUUCAAACACCGCGGGCCUCGGGAUUCGAUUAUCCGAUGCUUCAGGCAACCAGAGCAAUGCAGGAAACGUUAACCAAAGCAACAACUGGAAUGGUGGCUCGAACAACAAUUGGCAACAGGGUAGCGACCAACAGAACAGUAGCGGGAACAAUGGUGCUUCCCAGAAAUGGCAAGACAACAAUGAUCAACAGAGUAAAAGUGGCUGGAACAACCAAAAUUGGAGCAAUGCCAACAACAAUAACAAUAACAACGGCAGCAGGAACGGUAACAGCAAUAGCAACACCAGUUGGAACAACAUUUCCGCCAGUAACAAAAAUGGCUGGGAUGGGCAACAGGAGAAGCAGUCCAGCGUCGCCGCCUCACAGCCCUCAGGGAAUUUCAGUGUGCGAGCCCCCUCUCGCCGAAGCUCAGCGAUCAGUCCGAAGGGAGGGAGCAGACUUUCCGGCCCCGUGAGUUCCACCCAGAACCCAAACCCGAACCAGAUCCAAAGCCAGAAUCAGAAUGCAGGACAAGCUCUUGCCCAAGGCGACAUGCUCGACUACAUCCUCAACCACCCUGAAGAGGCAGCGAAGAUGGGCAUGGCUGGACCUCCACCGCCACCGCCACCUGCGAUCGCUUUCACCGGCAGCGGCACGGUCGCAGGCGGCCAGACAAAUAUCGACAUGGACAUAAACGGCGCUGGUCCGCGUCCGCCAACGCCCACGGAUCCUCCGCCGCCCUGCAGUCCUCCUAGCGUCCACGAUCCAGGAGCUUUCGGGCCGGGCGACUGGGGAGCAGGGGAAAAUGAGAAUUCACGGCAGCCGGCGAGCGGUUGGUGA